GAGAUGGAGGAGAAGGACUACAGCGAGACAGAUGGGCUCUCUGACAAAACAACCCCCAGCAAGACCCAAAAGUCACCCCAGAAAACCACCAAGAAAGUGAAGAGUGCUCUCUGCAGGGUGACCCUGCUUGAUGCCUCCGAGUACGAGUGCGAGGUAGAGAAACACGCCAGGGGCCAGAUCCUCUUCGACUUGGUGUGCGAGCACCUCAACCUCCUGGAGAAGGACUACUUUGGCCUCACCUUCUGUGACUCGGACAGCCAGAAGAACUGGCUGGACCCCUCCAAGGAGAUCAAGAAGCAGAUCCGCAGCGGGCCCUGGAACUUUGCCUUCACCGUCAAGUUUUACCCUCCAGACCCUGCCCAGCUCACCGAGGACAUCACAAGAUACUACCUGUGCCUGCAGCUCCGUGCGGACAUCAUCACGGGGCGCCUGCCCUGCUCCUUCGUCACGCACGCCCUCCUGGGCUCCUACGCUGUGCAGGCCGAGCUGGGCGAUUACGAUGCUGAGGAACACGUGGGCAACUACGUCAGCGAGCUCCGCUUCGCCCCCAACCAGACGCGGGAGCUGGAGGAGCGCAUCAUGGAGUUGCACAAGACCUACCGGGGAAUGACCCCUGGGGAAGCGGAGAUCCAUUUCCUAGAGAACGCCAAGAAGCUCUCCAUGUAUGGGGUAGACCUGCACCACGCCAAGGACUCAGAGGGCAUUGACAUCAUGCUGGGUGUCUGCGCCAACGGCCUCCUCAUCUACAGGGACCGGCUGAGGAUCAACCGCUUCGCCUGGCCCAAGAUCCUCAAAAUUUCCUACAAGAGGAGCAACUUCUACAUCAAGAUCCGGCCGGGUGAGUACGAACAGUUUGAGAGCACCAUUGGCUUCAAGCUGCCCAACCACCGCUCUGCCAAGCGUCUCUGGAAGGUCUGCAUAGAGCAUCACACCUUCUUCAGGCUGGUGUCCCCGGAGCCACCCCCCAAGGGCUUCCUGGUGAUGGGCUCCAAGUUUCGCUACAGCGGGCGGACGCAGGCGCAGACACGGCAGGCCAGCGCCCUCAUCGACCGCCCAGCUCCCUUCUUUGAGCGCUCCUCCAGCAAACGGUACACCAUGUCUCGCAGCCUUGACGGA